AUACACUUUAGUUUGACAUUUGAAGCGAAGCUAGUAAGGUUACAUGUAUUUAAGUAGCAUUUGUCGCAGUGAGAUAAGUGAGGUGAAAUGAGUGAUCACAAUAAAUAUUGUAAUAUGUUUAAUAACUCAGAAAAUGAUGAAUCCCUUGAAAAUAAGGAUGGUAAAGAAAAUGAUGAACUAUUUAUUGAUGCGUUUCGGAUUGUCAAAACGUUGGAUAAGACUCCGUGAAAGAUUCGGUAAAGAAAAACGGUAAAGGGAGUUGGAUUCAAAGAGUGGCAGUGGAGUUAGUCAACGAAAUGGCUUUAUAUAUUACGAAAAUAUGUCAUUUCUAAAUGACCAUAUCAAAAGAAGGAAAUAAGCUUAUGAGUCAAGAACAUAACUAAAUGUUGACGCAUAUAUCAAUGUGUAAUGUUAUAUGACUUUCUCAGGUCUUAUACGAAUGUUUCAAGUGUGAAGCGUAUAAAGACAAUGGAUGUCUCAGCUAAUAAGCCUGACACACAUCUCACCAACGAGUUCUCUGUUAACAAAUAAAAAAGACAAUCAAAUCAAUCUUCCAAUGGACAAUGCAACUAUGGAAAAUACGGAGUCCUCAAUCUUCAAGAUCGCCUCACAACUCUCUAAUGCAGGAGAUGAAGUACCGAUGCAACCUUCUGUGCAACCGUGUACAAACUUCUCAACACGAUUUAAAAACAUUUCCUUACCAGACACUGGCUCUGCUGCAUCAUCAAUGAAUUCACUCGAAAAUGAUCACUCAAGUUCAAGUACUUCACCCAAAUGUUGUCCAAAUAUACCUAGUAUUCUUGAUGAAUCUGAAGAAUCUACAUUGUUUUCAACAAGAGAAUCAACACCUUCUCCAGCAUUCAAAAGUUUGCAAGCUACGCCAGUGUCGCGACAACCACCAUAUAAGAAAAAAGAUAACUCGGGCGCAUUGGAGAGUUCUCUAGUUUUACUUUAUCAAACUAUGCACCAACGUCUCCAGAAUAAUCGUAAUUCCGAAAUUACUGGUUCCUCGGAAGAAACUUUUGCAAGGUUAAUUGCGAAUCAAUUAGAAAAGUUACCAUCAUAUGAAAAACAUGAACGCCAGCAAGCAAUUAUGCAAAUUUUGUACGAACCUUAUAUAAUUCUUGAAGACGAAAAUGACAGCAAAGUUACGAACCAUUUUUAUAUUUUAAAUUUUAGAUAGCAUAUUAUUAAUUUCGUAUUUGUGUUCCUAAUGUUCCUAAUGUUUAUUUUUAGAUAGGAUGCUAUGUUAUUUUCUUGUUCUUUAUAAUAUUUUAUGCUUACGUUUUUAUAUUCAAGAUAUUUAACUGUAAUUAUAUGUAGACGUGCUCAGGGAAAGAGUUA